AUGAGUUACUUGAAUGCCAUUAAAGAAAACUAGGGAGGAUUCAAUUUCGAUUUAUGUUUGAGAAAUAAUGAAUUAGUUUCCAAGCAAAUCGUUUCCAGCCCUCAUUUCACUAAGACUGGUACUACAAUUGUAGGUUUAGUUUAUAAGGAUGGUGUUGUUUUGGGUGCUGAUACCAGAGCUACUGCUGGCACUAUUGUAGCUGAAAAAAGUUGCAGCAAAAUUCAUUAUAUUGCUCCUAAUAUGUAUUGCUGUGGUGCAGGAACUGCUGCUGAUACCUAAUGGGUUACUGAUAGACUCUCUUCUGAAUUAGAAUUAAUGAGACUCAACACCAAUAGAUAAUCUAGAAUUGCUGGUGCUAUUGCUCGUCUUAGAGAACAUUUAUAUCAAUAUUAAGGUCACGUCGGUGCUCACUUGAUUUUAGGUGGUUUUGAUUGCCAAGGUCCUCAAUUAGUAUCCGUUGCUGCUCAUGGUUCUUUCUCUUAUCUUCCUUAUGCUACCAUGGGUUCAGGAUGUUUGGCUGCUAUUGCCACUUUAGAAUCUAGAUAUAGAGACGAUUUAACUGAAUAAGAAGCUAUCGAUUUAGUUACUGCUUCAAUUGAAUCUGGUAUUGUUCACGAUUUAGGUUCUGGUUCCAACGUUGAUGUAUGUGUUAUUAAAAGAGAUCCUAAGGUAGAUGUUAAAGUAGAUUACUUAAGACUUCAUAAGACGUAUAUUUAUUUAUUUUAUAUUUUCAAGCAAGUUUAAAUAAAUAAAUGUAUAUAAAAAAAGCGAUAACAACCAAAGACUUAACAAGCCAUUCCCUUACAAAGCUAUUCCUAACAACCACCCCUUCCAUAGAUAAUUCAAUGUUCCCAUCGAAAAAAUUCCCGUUAAUGUCGAUCCUUCUAAAAACGAAAUGGAAGUAGAAUGAGAAAAAUAAUAAUGCGAGCAAAUUCGUUUUUGGCAUUACUUUUUUAUAAAAUAUACUUAAAAAAUAAAAUAAAAUAUAAUUAAAUGUAAUUUAAAACAUAUAUUUUUAACGACUUCAUACACGUAUUUUUACCAAAAUUUAAAAAUUUAUUGAAGAUAAAUUAAAAUAUUUGCAUAUCUAUUUUUAUAAUUUUUUUAAAUAAAUAAUUCGUUAAUAAUUUACAAUAAAAUCAUUCGUUAAUAAAGUACAAUAAAAUCGAACAUGAAAUAUUUUUAUUGGAUUUAUGA